UUCACUAAAGAAUCUUACACAAGAAAGUUACAUAAGCUAAAGUACGAUUCAUCAAAGGCUUCAAGAGAACAUAAUGUAUGAUAUAAAGAAUAAAACUGUAAUGAUUACUGGAGCAGCUACGGGAUUAGGCUACAAGUAUGCCGAAAUACUGCUUCGCAAUGGUAUAAAAAGUGUUGCUGUGGUCGACCUGCCAACGUCAAACGGCCAGAAUGCUGUGGCUACUUUGGAGAACAAGUUUGGAAAAGGCCGUGCCAUCUUCGUUGCCUGCGACGUCACGAAAGCUGAUGAUUUUGAGAAGACAUUCAGGAAGAUCGUCGACACGUUUAAAGGACUUGAUAUUCUUAUCAAUAAUGCUGGUACAUUUAACGAUAAUUAUUGGGAGAAAACGAUCGAUCUCAAUGUCAAGGCAGUAAUUCGCGGCUCUAUGUUGGCAUUUGACUAUAUGGGAAAGCAUAAAGGCGGCAAGGGUGGUUUAAUCGUGAAUAUUGCAUCCGUGGCUGGAUUGGACCCAAUUUCUGCUAUGUCAAUGUAUUGCGCUUCGAAAUACGCUGUUCUAGGAUUCAGCCAGUCUCUAGCAAACAUGUAUAACAAGACUGAAGUGCGAGUUGUUAUCAUGUGUCCGGGCGCUACAAUAACAGCAUUGAUAGAAAAUUUCAGAGAUAGAAUCCAUGAUUCCAUUCGCGCUGUACUAGGUAGUGAUAUUCCGGAUAUAGACAAAAUACCGAAACAAACAACUGACCAUGUGGCACUUGCGAUGUUAGAUCUCAUUCAGAAGGGUAAAAACGGAGCGGCUUGGGUCGUUAACUAUGGUAAACCUCCAAAUGCCGUGCACUUUCCUCCUUUUUCCGAACGACUUCUGUCUGUCUAAGUUGGUAUUUGAUAACUGUUCUUACUUUGUUUUAAUCAAUUUACAAUGACUACCAAAUCAAUUAUGUA